AUGAAAAAUAUUGAAGAUGCUUAUUCUAAUGUUAAUGAUAAUGAACUGAAUCUUAAGGAUUUUGCUAUAAAUUUACCAUGCUGUGCUGUUUUUGAAGAUGAUGGAGCCUGGUACAGGGGGAAAAUACAGAAAGUAAAUAUGACAUCUUGCGAAGUCUUUUUUGUGGAUUACGGAAAUGUAAGUACUGUACCAAAAUCAAAAAUAAAAGUUCUUCUUGACAACCUAGUAAGUUUGCCAGGACAAGCAUUGCGUUGUAAAUCCUACAAUGUUUCUCCAAAAAGUGGUAGCUGGAGUGAUGCUGACAUUGAUGCUUUCACAGAUAUGACAUUAGAUAAAUCAUUUGUUGCACAAUUUGUUGAAUCGGACAAUAAUGGUACAUAUUCUGUAAACUUGGUUAAUAUAGGUAAAUUGCAGGAGGAUGUACUAACUAAGGAAUUUGUUAGCUUAGGCCAUGGGCGUCUUGAAGAUUCCAGCAAAAUUUUAGUUUUGAAACCACAUGCUGCUUCUAGUAAUUUGAGUUUUAAUCCUGUGGACAUCGAUCUGAAUUUAUCUGAAGCUGUUGAAGUUACUUAUGGACUAAAUCCAGGGGAAAUAUAUUGCCAACUUAAAUCUCAAAGUGCAGAUUUUAAAACUAUGAUGGAAAAAUUGCAAAACCACUAUAGUAGAGUAUCAGACCCUGAAAGCCUGAUAGAUAGACCUCAUCCAGGGAUGAUUUGUGUGGCUCAGUUUUUUCAAGAUUCUGCUUGGUAUCGUGCAACAAUAAAGAAAGUUGAGAAGAGUUCAAUAACUGUGUUUUAUGUGGAUUAUGGUAAUAGUGAAGCUGUAGACAAAAAGAAAAUAAGAGCCAUAAUUCAAGAUUUCACCAUCUUGCCAACUCAAGCCAUUAAAUGCCAUCUUAAAGGUAUUAAACCUCCAGGAAAAUCUUGGCAGAUUAAUAGUUCUGUGAGCAAAUAUUAUGAAGGAGAUACCUGGUGUAAAUUUCUCACGAAAGAGAAUGAUUAUUAUGUGGUUGAAAUGACAUGUAAUAAGAAAAAUGUUGUGUUACAGUUGGUACAAGAUGGUUUAGCAUUGUGUGAUGAACCCAUUACCGAAAAAUCAAAGAAAGUCCCUCAAGUCCAAGCCAAUCGAACCAUUGCUUUACCAGACCGAGAACUAAAUUUUGUGCAUGGCCAGUUACUAACAGUGGCUGUAUCCUUUAUAGAAAGCCCUUCAAAAUUUUGGUGUCAGUUGGUUGAUGAAUCGGAUAUCUUGGAUAAUUUGAUGGCUGAUAUUGAAGCUGCUUACCAAGAACCUAAUAUUCCAAUUGUAAAUGUUGCGUCGUUGACUGUCAGUAGUUAUUGUAUGGCAAAAUAUUCUGAAGAUCAAGCUUGGUAUCGUGCACAAAUCAAAUCUUUCUCAUCUCAGAAUGAAUGUGAAGUGUUUUUUAUUGACUAUGGAAAUUCUGAAGUGGUUUCAGGUUCUCAGAAGACUUAG